AUGCCAAAGGAGACAGAAGAUGACGUCAGGGUAACUACAAAGCCUGUGGACCACCGAGCUGGAGGAAUUGCCGUUCUCGAUGCCUUGCACGCUACAGAUAACAGGCUGUUGGCAGAGUUGGGCUACAGGCCGGAAUUCAAACGCGAAUUUUCUCUCGUCGAGACAAUCGCAUUCGCAUUUUCAAUAAUGGGCGUGAUAGCGUCUGUCUCCUCAACGCUGUCCUUUCCACUCGUCUCAGGUGGCCAUGUCGGCAUGGUCUUCGGCUGGCUCAUUCCUAGCCUCUUUGUCAUGCCAAUUGCAGCAUGCAUGGCUGAGCUGGCUUCUUCGAUGCCCACGAGUGCUGGUUUAUAUUACUUUUCAGCUAAGCUCGCAUCACCAAACUGGUCUGCACUCGCUAGCUGGAUUACAGGCUGGGCGAACGUUACGGGACAAGUAACCCUUGUUUGUUCAAUAGACUUUACAUGUGCGCAGAUGAUAACUACCGCUAUUGCCGUAAACUCCGACGGUGCCGUAAACCUCGGGAAUGGUGCAACCUAUGGCAUCCUUCUUGCAAUCCUCUUCGUCCACGGGAUUGUAUGCUCAGCCGCGACCAGCAUAUUAGCCCGGCUGAAUUUAUUCUACGUCAUUGUGAAUGUUGGUACGACCAUCGGUGCCAUAAUUGCACUUUACGUCUGCUCUGGAGACAAGAAGGUAUCCACUCAUGAUGCAUUUACUAUGUUUGAGAAUAACACUGGAUGGCCUAAUAAUGGUUGGGCAUUUCUGCUCGCCUUUACCGCACCGAUGUGGACGCUUACCGGCUAUGACUCUGCUGCACACAUUAGCGAAGAAACUACCGACGCUGCGAAGGCUGCGCCGUUUGCUAUUCUCGUCGGUGUCGGGGCCACAGCUGCCCUUGGUUGGCUCACGCUUAUCGCUGCGUCUUUCACAAUUAUAUCUGUACCGGCACUACUUGAAACCGACUUGGCACUUCCAAUGGGUCAGCUCUUUCUUGAUGUCCUGGGCAAGAAAGGCAUGCUCGUCGUAUGGUCAUUGAUCAUUGUUGUACAAUUUGUAACAGGAGCGGCUCAGACUGUUGACGCCUCCCGAGUGGUAUUUGCUUUCGCCCGGGAUGGUGCUUUACCUGGUUCGCGCUUUUGGCGACAAAUUAAUAAGUGGACCCAGACACCUGUUCUGGCUGUAUGGUUAGUUGUAUGCGUCGCUGCUGUAUGCGGCUUACUAGGCUUCUCUGAGGCAGCACUUACGUCCCUUGCUGGAUCAGCCGUUAUUGGCUUGUAUACGUCUUAUGUGACUCCAAUUUUCCUACGCAUUACCUCGGGCAGGAAUAGGUUAGUGCCUGGCCCCUUUAGCCUCGGGCGCUGGGGAAUACCUCUCGGCUGCAUUGCUGUUGCUUGGGUGUCCUUUAUAGUAGUCCUACUUCUCUUCCCUCCUGCCCAAGUUGUGGACGCGGAGGACAUGAAUUAUGCUGUCGUGAUUAUCAUGGGCGUCUUCAUUUACGCAGGACUUCAUUGGAUGAUAUCUGCACGACAUUGGUUCAAGGGACCAGUGAAGACAGUUGAUGACCCUAUCAGCCCACCAGACUCAGAUGGGACUAUAGACGAGAAACAAUGA